AUGCUCCUCCUUCUUGCGCUGCUCGCUGAGCUUGGAAGGCUGCAUGCCCACAUGGAUUCUGAAGGAAUAUUUCUGCAUGUCACAGUUCCACGGAAAAUAAGGUCAAAUGAGAGUGAAAGUACAGAGAAGCAGGUGAUUUAUAUCAUUACAAUUGAUAAUAAACCCUACACUCUGCAUCUCACAGAACGCUCAUUCUUAUCCCGGAAUUUUUUGGUUUAUACAUUUAAUGAAACUGGAUCUUUGCAUACUGAUUCUUCAUAUUUUAAGAUGCAUUGCCAUUACCAAGGUUAUGUUGCAGAUUUUCCAAAUUCAGUUGCAACACUCAGCAUAUGUUCUGGUCUCAGGGGAUUCCUUCAGUUUGAAAAUAUCAGCUAUGGAAUUGAACCAUUGGAAUCAUCAGCAAGAUUUAAGCACAUAAUUUAUCAAGUAAAAAAUGACAAUACAGAUAUAUCAGUGUUAGCAGAAAAUUACAGCAAUAUUUGGCAGAAAGAUCAGACCUAUAAAGGUUAUUCAAGUUCACAGGUAACUGCAAUAAUUCUGAUGCUAUGA